AUGCUCAACAGCCACCUCCGCAAGCAGCAGGAAAUUGAGGACGAGAACCGCAAGAACCUUGUCAAAAGCAAAGAGGUGUUGUCCCAGCUGACGGACGCCAGCGACCGGGAGAGGGAGCUGCUGCAGCAGGUGAGCGUGCUGCAGGAGGAGCUGCUGACACUGCGAGCGGAGCUGGAGCGCGACCGGGCCAGCAGCCGGCAGGAGGAAGGCCGUCUUUCGGACGAGAGCGAAGUGCUUCGCGAACGCCUGGAUGACGUGCGGCGCGACCUGAAGCUGAGCGAGGAGGCGCUGGCCCAGGCUGUCUUCCAGUACAACGGGCAGUUGAGCGCCCUGAAGGCGGAAUGCCAGGUGACGGGCGGGCGGAUGGAGCAGGAGCGGACCGCGCGGCAGCAGUUGGAGACCGAGGCGGAGUCCCUGCGGGUGCGUCUGGCCGGGGCGCUGCAGGAGGUGGAGCGGUGCCAGGGGGCACGGGCGGAGGCGGAGCGGGCACUGCAGCGGGAGCGGGAGGAGCGUCAGCGGACGCUGGAGAAACGCGCCGGCGAGACGGGCGCCCACCGGGACACGGUGCACGAGCUCUCGCAGAAGCUCAGCCAGGCAGAGGCGCGCGCCAACAGCCUGGAGAACGAGUGCCACCGCGCGACGCUCUCUCUCACCGAGAAGAGCCUGCUGCUGGAGACGGCGGCGCGGGAGCGCGAGCAGACGCUCCUCCGGCCACGGCUGGGGGCGCGGCAGGAGGCCACGCAGGAGAGGCUGGCACAGGCACAGAGCGAGGCGGGGCUGCUCCGACAGCAGUUCGAGGAGGUGCAGAACAAAGGUGUGGCCAAGGAGCGGGCCGUGACGGACGCGCAGGAGCGCUUCAGCGACAUCCUGGACAAGCUCCGCUCCGACUCUGAGGAGAGGGUGCAGCUGGUGGAGGAGAGGAGCAAGGAGCUAGCCACCAAGAAUGCGGAUCUGCGUGAUCAGAACCACAAGUUGGAGCAGGAGAAGGCAGACAGAGAGACAUCUCUAAGGCAGCUACAGCAGGAGUUGGCAGACUCAUUGAAGAAGCUGUCAAUGUGUGAGGCAUCACUAGAGGUCAACACCCGUUACCGUAGCGACUUAGAAGAGGAGAAGGCACGCACCAUAAAGGACAUGGACCGCCUCAAGACCAAGCUGCAGGAGAGCGAAGACCAGUAUGUGCAGGCCGAGCGGCGCAUUAACGGCCUGAAGGGCAGCCUGGACGAUAAGGAGCGCGAGGUCAUCGCCUCUGCCCAGAAACUCCAGGAGGUGCUGUCCGCCUCGGCCGCUUCGGAAAAGACCAUCACACAGCUGGAAGAGGCCAUGCAGAGGCUGGAGAUCGACAACGCCAGGCUGGAGGCGGCCGCCAAGCAGCAGUCCAAUCGCAUCGAGGUGCUACAGAAAGGAGCGCAAGAAGUUUCAGCGCCACCAGACUCUUCACCAGCAGGAGGGGUACGGUCUCGUUUGGAGGAUCUCGUUACAAACCUGCAGAGCAGCAAGAUGACCUUGGAGGAUCAGCUUAACCGUGAGGUGCAGAAGCAGAGUCUCCUGAGCCAUACUGCCCAGGACUCGCAGGCACUGUGGGAGGAGGAGCUGAAGAGCCGCUCACGUAUUGGCAUCCGGCUAGCGGAGCUGGAGAAGGAGAAGGGCGAGCUCAGCAGCCAGAUGGAGCUGGAGAAAAAGAAAGCGAAGAAGAUUUCUGAGCAAAAGAAGUCAGUCGACACCCGGCUGGACCAAGAGAUGAAGAGAAACACAGAACUGCAGAAAGAAAUGUACAGGCUGAGGACGCUGGUGAAGACUGCUAAGAAGAAGCUGAGAGAGCAGGACGGCGGAGAGCUGGGCUCCCCCCUCACAUCUCUCAGGGGGGACAUGGGCCAAAGGCAGUCAGAGACAGAGUCUGCCAUCAGCCGAAUGAAGGCCAAGGUGGACGAUCUUCAGCUGCAGCUGGAGAAGGAGGCAUCGCGCUGCACCCGGCUGGAGCAGGUGAACGGGGACCUGAAGGAGCAGCUGGCCGGGCUGAAGGGCCUGAGCCGCAGCCACGAGCGGCUGGAGCGCAGCAAGCGGCAGCUGGAGGAGGAGCUGUCCGGCCUGCGCCGGCAGAUGGAGAGCAGCGUCAUGGACCAAAGCCAGGCGGAGCAGUACCCGCCGCGAGACGGAGGAACGCGCGCGCCAGGAGAUCCGGCACAGCUGGAGGAGACCCAGGCCGCCUCUCAGGAGGCUUUGGAGCAGAUCAAGGCCGCCAACGAGGCCAGCCAGCGGUCCCAGCUGGAUCAGCGCAUCAAGGAGCUGGAGCUGGAGCUGACCCGCACGCGCAGCACCCAGCAGGACAGCAUCACGCAGCGCGAGUCCAGCCGUGCCGAGCUCGAGCGCUACCGCAGCUCUACGCCGACGAGCUGCGCCUGCGCAAGUCCCUGCAGCCAGCUGGACCGGUGA